UCUUAGCAGCAUCCGAUCGCUUCCGUAAAGUGAGCUGUGCGCCAUAAAAGGUUGCCCAGUUAAUUGGCUCCCAAAAUUAGUGACAUUAAUAGCCCGCGAUCAUGUGGAAGUUAACGUUUGUUAUUCUCUGCUGUCUGGCCGUACAGAACGUGCAACCGCAAGCCGACAGAUCGUGCUAUACCCCGAACGGUCAGAUAGGCGUGUGUCAGGUGUUCCAGUACUGCUCGUCCCUGAUACGACUGUACCAGUACAAUAGAAACCAGGACACGGUGAACUUCCUGCUCGCUUCCCAGCGUAGCUGCGGCAAUCGCAACUACAACGGAAGUCCCGUGCUUUGCUGCAGCGAUGGCGUGCAGUACGACUCCACUACAACUUCAUCUCCUUUUGUAGAGGUCACCACGGCACCUCCGACCGUGCAGCGUACCGCUGACUGCAUCGGGCCGGACAACCGCGAAGGCUACUGCAUAAGUAUCCGCAGCUGUCCAGAUGUGUUGAACGAGUUUGUCCAGCGUCAGCGAGACCCACAGUACGUGCAGUAUGUCCGUCAGUCCAACGCCGUCUGUAACUACAUCCAGCCGAAUGUCUGCUGUCCACUGGCCAGACCUGCACCACCUCCACCGGCUCCCCCAACUGUUCCUCCAACGGCACCACCGCCGGCACCGGUCACUGAGGCACCAACACCGGCUCCACCAACAUCAUCCGUCGGUCCUGCUGAGCUGCUCACACCCGAGACUGGCUGCGGAUACAGCCCCGUAGAGCAUAACCGUGUUGUCGGAGGUGUUCCGGCUGCACUGAACGGAUGGCCCUGGAUGGCGCUGGUAGGCUACCGUAACGCACUGGGCGAGGUUUCGUUCAAGUGCGGUGGAUCCCUCAUCACGAAACGCCACGUCCUGACGGCGGCCCACUGCAUCCGGAAGGACUUGGCGUCGGUUCGACUCGGAGAGCAUGAUACAUCCACAGACGGGGAGACAAACCACAUCGACGUGCCCGUGGUUCGGUACGAGUCGCACCCAUCGUACGAUAAGAAGGACGGACACACGGAUGUGGCCGUGCUGUACAUGGAGUCUGAGGUGCAGUUCAGCGACGCGAUCAAGCCAAUCUGUCUGCCGUUGAGUGAGACGAUCCGUACCAAGAACUUCAUCGGCUACACACCGUUCGUGGCGGGUUGGGGUCGCACCCAGGAAGGCGGUAAGUCCGCCAACGUGUUGCAGGAGCUGCAGUUACCGAUCAUUGCCAACGACGAGUGCCGCACGCUGUACAACAAGAUCGGAAAGGUGUUCUCGCAGAAGCAGUUCGACAAUGCCGUGAUGUGCGCUGGCGUGCUUGAGGGUGGAAAGGACUCGUGCCAGGGUGACAGUGGUGGACCGUUGAUGCUGCCGCAGCGCUUUGGUACCAACUUCUACUAUUACCAGGUUGGUGUCGUCUCGUACGGUAUCGGAUGCGCUCGAGCUGAGGUACCCGGUGUGUACACGCGUGUGGCCAGCUUCGUUGACUGGAUCCAGCAGAAGGUGGCCGAACCGCUGUAGAUGUCCGGCACCGUGAUUUUUGUACGUUUUAUAUCUCAUGCUUGCAAUAAAUGGUAUUAUUAGUUUUUGAGUACAAACUACA